UCGAAAGUCGCCAAUAGGGGUCCUAGUUAGCUUGGUUAGAAGUCUUAACAGCUCAAAACUAGUCUGUUUCGUUUUCUUAAAGUGACUUAAUGAAGAGAUGGACGGUUAUCCCGGUGUCACUGGGGGGGAUUCUACACAACAACAAGAAAGACAUUACUACCUGUUAUCUGAACUGCAAACACUGGUCAAAGGCUUGCCGAGCUCCUUUCAGCAGCGCCUGUCUUACAACACGCUGAGUGACCUUGCUCUAGCCCUUAUAGACGGGACGGUAUAUGAGAUUGUCCAGGGCCUGCUGGAUAUACAGCAUCUGACAGAGAAGAAUCUCUACAAUCAGAGACAGAAGCUGCACUGUGAACACCAAGCACUCAAACAAGACCUUGCACGAAAACACAAAGAUGCCCUGCAGUCAUGUAAGUCUCACAACCUUGUGCUGCUCAAGGCAAACCAACAAGCCGAGCUAGAGGCUCUGGACGUUCGUGUGCGAGAGGAACAAAAAAUGAUGGAUAAGAAGAUCGUAGCAGAAAUGGAUCAAAAAGUGAUAGACCAGCAAAACACGCUCGAGAAAGCAGGAGUCCCUGGGUUUUACAUCACUACUAAUCCUCAGGAGCUGACAAUGCAGAUGAACCUACUUGAAUUGAUGCUUAAGCUUCAACAGAAGGAGUCUCAAUCUGGACUUCUAUGAGGAGGAUGAUAGAGCAACCUAUUUGUGCCAAACAAAACUGAGAAAAAUUGGUCAAAAUCCAGUAACCGUGAUCUGCCCCUGGGGUCGGCGAACAUACAACACUCCUGUCUUCUAAGAAGUGGCAAUUUCAGACGCAUGCUCCGAGUGCUCUAAUCAUCAGUGUCAUGUGGAAAAAAGCUGCUUUCGAAGUAUUGAAGUGAGACGUUGCAAGACACAGUGAAGCGGUAGCAGGCUGUCAUAGCUUAAAUAUCACAGCCUGUAAGAAAUUAAGAAGGUGUUUUGUUAUUAAUCAUUUAAACGGGUUUACCAGCCCUGACAUGGGGACACGAGAGCCCCCCGAGACGCAUUAAUUCAACACUUGAAGUCAAAGGAGAAGUUUUGCU